AACCAACCACAGAACUUCUAUAAAACCAUGACACCCGCAGGAGCUUCAAUGUAGGCCUCGACACAAGUUCCAUGUUGUCCAGAAUGGCAAUUCACGGCGUCAUCCUCGACGAGAUAAGAGCUCACCCACUCGUCUCCUUGUUUCUCACACCAUUGACCCUCCUCCUGAUCCGCUCUCUAUACAGAGUCUAUUUUCACCCUCUCUCCCACAUCGCCGGCCCCCUCCUGCCCAAGAUUACGUCCCUUUGGCUCCACUACCACGCCUAUGUCGGCGACGAAGCUAGUGUAAUACAUCUUCUCCACCAGCAAUACGGCCCAUACGUCCGCGUUUCCCCCGACGAGGUUGACAUUAAUGACGCCGACGUCAUCCCACCAAUCUACGUAUCAAAGGGAGGGUUUCCCAAAGCUCCGUGUUAUGCAAAUUUUGAUAUCGAUGGACACAGCACGAUCUUCUCGAGUACCAAUGCGGAGUACAGAAAUUCGAGAGCCAAGGCGGUUGUCCCGAUGUUUUCAACGAAGAGCUUGAGGGAAAAUGAGUUGGCUAUUUGGGGCUGUGUGGAUCGCAUGGUGGAAAGAUUGAUAGAGGAGAGUCAGAGUAAGAGGGUGGUGAAUGUGCUGAAUUUGACAAGAAGCUUGGCUAUAGAUGCGGUAUCUACCCACCUGUUUCGGGAGAAUUACGACGGUGUUAGCGAAAGAGGCCCUGUGUUGAGUGUGAGUGCGUUUGUCGAUGCUUUCGUGGCUGUGGGGCGAUUCUUUUACCUACCCAACACUGUGUUCGUUUGGGUAGAUUGGGCUGUCGCGAAGUGGCAGGCUGACAGGGAGACGGAUGACAGUAUGACACUUGUCGAUAGGUUUGUGGGUACCCUUGUGGCGAACACGGCGGCCAAGUCAACGACCUUUCCAGGGCGUUUGUUGGCUGCGGGUCUUAGCGAUUCAGAAACAAAAGCUCAGUGUAAAGAUUUGGUCUUUGCGGGAACAGACUCGACUGGAAUGAACCUGGCAACUAUCAUCCGUAAUCUGGCACUGUAUCCGGGGAAAUACGAGAGGCUGAAGAAGCAGGUUAAUGCCAAUGCUGCACUCGGAGGCAAUGCGCUGGAUGUCCAAGCACUACCCUACCUCAAUGCUGUCGUCAAAGAGGGUUUACGAAUCAGUAUGGCAAACCCCACCCGCCUUCCCCACGUCGUGCCAUUGAGCGGCUGGACUUUCAAGGACACCUACUUCCCCGCUGGCUCCAUCGUUGGCUGCUCAGGCUAUGAGCUGCACCUCAACCCCGCCGUAUUUCCUGAGCCUCAAUCCUUCAGACCUGAGCGAUGGCUCAAAACUACAGAUGAGAUGUCAAAGUAUUGGUUCGCGUUCGGCGCUGGCAGUAGAGCGUGUAUCGCGAGGAACUUGGCGACUAUGGAGCUGCAGUUUGCGACAGAGAGACUGGCGAGGAGUAAUGUUCUAGACGGUGCGAGGCCGGUGCAGGGGGAGGUGGAAAUCUUCGAGUGGUUCAAUUCGAAGGUCAAAGGGGAAAAGAUUGAGCUCAUUUGGGAUGGAAAAGUAUCAUUAUGAUGAAAUCUUCCAGUAAGCUAUAUAAGUAUUAUCUGAGGACCUGCCCCUUUCCAGCCUCUAUACACCAGUAUGCCUCGAGGAGAGGCUCUCAAGUACAGGGCUUCAAAUGCAAGGUAUUGAAAUC